AUGGUAGAAGAUCGAGAUCGUGGAGAGAUGAUUCCUGAAUAUAUUACUUGGUUUCAUGAUCCUACGCCGCUUAGAGAUAGGCCUGAGGGGUCGAACAGGAAGAGAAAUGAUCAAAGAACUAUAGAAAAGCUGAAAGAGGAAUUGGACCAUGCUCAGAGGACCAUAGCCAAACAACAAGCCCAGAAGAAAGCCGGAGUUGCUCGGAUUCGUUUAAAUAUUGAGAAAGAUUAUCAAUCUUCCUUGAGGGUCAUGGAUAAAGAUAUAAAGCAGGCUAAAAAUGAGGCAACCCGCUUAGAAGAAGAACUGGCAAACACGAUUGGUUUAAUCAGAAGAGUUGAGGCAAACAAAAAUGCUGAAAUACAUAAGUUGCAAGAAGAUUUGAGUAUCAUUGAAGAGGAUGAGCACCAGCAACAACUGGAGUUUGAUCAGCAGAAAGAGAAGUUUGAAACAGAAAGGGCCCACUGGAUACGCUCAAAGAGUCAGCUUUAUGCACAAUUAGAAGAAAUAAAAAGGCAGAAGAGGGGUCAUCAAUACACAGAUUUUGAGGCAGAGCGGCGUCAGUGGAUGAUUGAGAGAGGUGUGUUAAACCGUCGCAUUGAAGAAUAUGAGGGACGUGAGGCUCAGAUGGGGCAUGCCCUUGGUUGCAGAAUUGUCACCUGA